CUGCGAGGAAAAACAGGGAGAAGCCACUAGAAGCUGCCCAUUCAUUUUAGCCCGAGACGCUAGCUAACUUUCUCUGCUAUUGAAUGAGGAGACGCAUUGGUUAGCUGGCGGGCCAUCGCUGUGGUGUGGCUUGUCCUCUAAAAAUGGCACGUUUGAAGCAUUAGAGCCGGGUGUCCUCAAACGUGUAGUCUUGUUCACACUGUGUGGACCAACGAGGAGUCAGACAGUCAUCAGCGGUGCCGCGGACUGAGUGAGCCAUGUGGUGGGCCUGGCCUUUCCUGCCUGCCUUGGUGCUCCUCUCAGAGCUCUCUGUGGUGAGAGUACAGACAGCGCCCUGCCAGACCUGCCAGAAACUCACCGACAGUUUCAUCAAGGGCUUGGAGAGAACAGCCAAUAAGAAUUUUGGGGGUGGUAACACUGCCUGGGAGGAGGAGAAGCUGGCUAAAUAUGCCCGCAGUGAAACCCGGCUUCUAGAGAUUGUGGAAUCUGCAUGUGAAAAAACAGAUUUUGAUUGUAACCGACUAUUGGAGCAGAUAGAAGACCAAGUGGAGACAUGGUGGUUCCACAGGCAGCAGGAGGCUCCAGAUCUGUUUGAAUGGCUGUGUAUAGAGGAGCUGAGACUCUGCUGUCCACCAGGACGCUUUGGACCUGACUGCAAAGAGUGUCCAUCUGGCCCAGGUGGGGUGUGUGGAGGUCUGGGCCGCUGUGAGGGGGAAGGGACUCGACUAGGAGAUGGAGAGUGUGUGUGUGACCCGGGAUACUCAGGCCAGCUGUGCCAGAGCUGCGCUGAUGGCUACUACAGAGAAAAGAGCUCCAAUCACAGUGCAGGAGCAUGUGCGGCUUGUUACCACUCAUGUAAAAAAUGCUCAGGGCCACAGGACUACAAAUGCUUGGACUGCAAACCAGGCUGGCUCCUCCAUGACAACAAGUGUGUGGACAUUGAUGAGUGUGGCACAGAGCUGGCCCGUUGCCCCUCAAACACCUACUGUCACAACAUAGAAGGAUCAUACGAAUGCAGAGGCUGUGACCAGGCAUGUGUGGGCUGCAUGGGUAGCGGUCCUGCUCGCUGUAAGAAGUGUGCCCGUGGCUACAGACUGAGGGGAGCCAAGUGUCUUGAUAUAGAUGAAUGUAAUGAACGCGCCAUAGCAUGCCCAGGGCUGAAUGAGGCCUGUAUCAACGAGGAGGGCUCUUUUCACUGUGACUGUGCCGAUGGCUUCAUCCGAAGAGACAGCAUCUGUGUGGAGAACAAGCCCCCCACUGGUCCAGAGAAGGGUCUGUUUGAUGACAUGACGGACGACGAGGUCCUCGUACUCCAGCAGAUGUUCUUCGGUGUUGUGAUCUGUGCUCUAGCAACACUCGCUGCCAAGGGGGACAUGGUCUUCACUGCCAUCUUCAUUGGCGGUGUGGCCGCUAUGGCUGGCUACUGGCUGACGGAGAAGGGAGACUACAUGCUGGAUGGAUUCCUGAAGGGACGCUAGCCAAUCAGGGACAAAGGAUUUGGGAGAGGAACUUGGAAUACAAACCACUAAGGGUUUGUUAGGCUCCCAUGGGGAAGGAAACUAUCCCUGCAGUGCUAGCCUUUCAGGGAUCUGUUAGUUUGGAGUUGGGGAAUUACAUGAAGGAACUCGGGCUUCUUUUUGUUUAUGAAUGGGAUAAUGCAGGAAAAUAUGAAAACUUGAAACACAAAGUCAGAGUGAAACUGUAGAAGAGAACUGAGCUGUUUAGCCAGGAGUCUUGAAGAGGAACUGAUGACACUCUACUGCACUGGAACUGAAAUUAAUCCAAUACCUCAACUUUGUUGGGGACAAGGGUGAAAUGAAUAAGGCCACUACUGAUUGUUACUAUUUAUUAUGCAUUUAUAUGUUUCAUCUGGCCAAGAUGUUGCUUAAGAAAUGAUGUCCUCUCUUCCACACAAUCAAAACCUCUUGUCAUUAUGUCUUUUUUGUCAUUUAUCUCAAUGCUGUAAUGCGGAGGCUUUCUCAUGGAAUAUAUGGUGGAUAAAUGAGAUGGAUUGUGACUGGGUCAGGGAACUAAAACACUUAAGCUUGCUGCUAUAGGUUUGGGAUAGGAUGAGGGAACGCAAUGUCCUCCCUUCACCCUGGAGGAAAGCUCCUUGAAACUCUGGGAUAUAUCCAUUAUGAACCACAGGUCACUUAAGUCCACAGUACAUGUAUGACUUUUUACCUGCUUACUUACUGAAUGAUUCUUUUUCAUAUGAAUGCAUGAGAAAAGAAUCUGCAAUGAAAGAUACUGUACCAUGUGUAAUAAUUUAUUGUCUGAUUGGCAUGGAAGAUUGAAUUUUACUGCUGCCGUAUCACCUCUUUUAUUUUAAAACUUUAAGAUUAGGAAACCACCAACAUUACUGUCAUCACCAGGUGUCUGAGAGUUAAUGAGUUUGUGUGGGGAUGCGUUUAGAUCACUGAAUGAUGCAAGACAUUUUAUUUUGCCUUUAAUUUUUAAAGCCAUAUUUUGGGGGAAAAUAUUGUGAUAUAACUUUUUGCUCUUGUUCUUUUUCUUUGUACAUUCUGUCACGCAUUUGCAAAGCUUUUUUAACUAUUUAAUGGUAGUUCUAGGAGUAAUGGUAGCAUCUUGAUAAAAAGCCAUUGAAGUAUCAUUUCAUAUCUGUCCAUCUAGUUUUGUCUUGUUUUCAUGGUUUGCAAACUGUGUUCACAGAAUCAUUAUUUGGGUAUCUAUUUGCUUUCCUUUGCAAUAAAAGCGACAGUCACCCAUCAUGUUUUCAUUAGAAUUUUUUU